UCGGACAACAUUUAUAAAAAUACGUUUACAAAGAAAAUCGUCUACGAUGUUUAAGAAGCCAUUCCGAGUAAAGUCGCAGACUUCCAUGAAAGGAUCAGAUAGAAAGAAAGUGCGAGUUGAAAUACAGAAAUCAUUUUCAAACCUGAGUGUCGAAGACGUUAAUACAAUUAUCCCUAACAAAGAGGACGUGAGCUCUGUGAAGAUACACACCAAUACUGGAGAGAAUGCUUUCAUAUACUGCGUGAAUAAACAGCCGCUGCUGUUUGAACUGGACAAGCAGAAAGUGCUUUACCCCACCGUUUAUCUGCUGUGGCGCUACCCAGAUCUUAUGGAAAGAUUUACCACUUGGCCGCCAGUCUUCAAGAAACUUGUGGAUGGAGCAGAUCUGAUGCUGCCUGGGCUGGUGUUGCGCCUUCCACUGACACCAGGGUCCUUCAAACACGUGGAGAAGGGACAGGUGUGCUCUGUGAACGUUGUUGGAAACAGGUAUUCCAUCAUGUUAUAG